AUGGAGUCAACAGCAUACCAAUAUUUCAAAGCUCUAUGCAAGUAUCAUGAAUUUGUUAAUAACUUUAUCUCAGAAACCAUCAAUCAAGAAAGCGAAAAAGAUAACAACUAUUUCCGUUGCUCUGAACAUAUCAGAGAGCUGAGAAACAAAUUUUCUAGUCUUUUAGAAAUAGAUCAAUCAGAACUCUUACAAGAUGAUAUCUUAUCUUGUAGAAAUCCUUUUAAGCUACUCUUUAACUUAGCUUUGAACUCUCAAUGAAAUUUACUUGGGAACCUAGAUGAUUUUACUAAUGAAGAAUGCUAUUGAAAAUUUAAAACAAAUCUAGAGUUAUUCUCCAGCCAAAAGUUUUAUGAGAUGAUGACCAAUUUAGAAUUAAACGAAGAAAUUAGAUCGUUAAUAAGAACAUUGGCUAUAUAUUUCUAUAUCCGCAUUCCUAGUGCAUGAAUUUUGAAUAUGGACGGCAUUUUUCGUAAUAAAAACAAACCAAAAAGAAUUGCACAGUCGAAGAAUAGCAAGCAAUGCCUGGAUUUUUAUAGAAGUCUUACAUCAAAUAGCAUAGUUUCAGAUGCAUUCAGUAGGAUAGAUCCAAAUGUUUCCCUUGAUAAUCUCUUCAGUAGAGUCUCUGAUUGCUCUUAUUAUGCUGCCUUCCCUACUGAGCUUUGUGGGCUUACUACGAUAGGAGAUAUAGUAUUUGUUAAUAAAUCCUUUAAUCUUAAAGAUCCUACUAGUUGGGCAGCAACCUUAAUAAUCCUUUUGAAAGAAUCAGCUCACUUGAUGUGAAGAUAUUGUAGAGGUCAAAGUAGUUACUUAAUGCUCACUCCUAAAAGCAGCAAGCAAACGGGGAUCGAAUAUAAUUCAGAAAUGGGUGAUUUUGUUGAAGAAUUGAUUUUUGGCGAAAAAAUGGUAAAAAUAAAUUUCUCAUCAGCAAAAUUUUUAUUAAAUAGAAAUAAUUGGGAUUUAAGCAAAGAAGAAUUCCAAAUGGGACUUAAAAUGAAAUAUCAAGAAGGAAAAAGUAAACGCCAGCCAGUUACAAAGGUUCGCAAAGGCAAUUCCUCAACUAUUUAUCUUGGACGAUGUGGAAUGGCAUUAUAUAGUCUAGAAUCAAUUAAUGAAAAUUUGAAAAAGAUAUAG